AUGGCCGCUCCCGCUGCCCCCGGCGCUGUCGACCAGCUUGCCGCUGAUUUCGCUGGCACUAGCCUCAACGGCAGCGAUAACCGCGCCCCUGCCAUCAACACCAAUGUGGCCUCUGGCGAGUACCAGACCGCCGACCCCGACACGGCUGGGCCGACCCCGAGCUCUGCCGCUCCCCACCCCCAGUCUUCGGCUUCUCUGUACGUCGGCGAACUGGACCCGUCCGUGACCGAGGCCAUGCUCUUCGAGCUGUUCUCCCAGAUUGGCUCCGUCGCUUCCAUCCGUGUCUGCCGCGACGCCGUCACCCGCCGCUCCCUCGGCUAUGCCUACGUCAACUACAACUCGACUCAGGACGGCGAAAAGGCCCUCGAGGAGCUCAACUACACGCUGAUCAAGGGCCGCCCGUGCCGGAUCAUGUGGUCCCAGCGUGACCCUGCUUUGCGCAAGACCGGCCAGGGCAACGUUUUCAUCAAGAACCUUGACGUUGCCAUCGACAACAAGGCUCUGCACGACACCUUCGCUGCUUUCGGUAACAUUCUGAGCUGCAAGGUCGCCCAGGAUGAGAACGGCAACUCCAAGGGAUACGGGUUUGUUCACUACGAGACCGACGAGGCCGCUGCUCAGGCUAUUAAGCACGUCAAUGGCAUGCUUCUCAAUGAGAAGAAGGUUUACGUCGGGUACCACAUCCCCAAGAAGGAUCGCCAGAGCAAGUUUGAGGAGAUGAAGGCCAACUUCACCAACAUCUACAUCAAGAACAUCAAUCUCGAGGUCACCGAUGACGAAUUCCGUGAGCUGUUCGCAAGGUUCGGCGAUGUCACCUCCUCGUCCCUUGCCCGCGACCCCGAGGGCAAGAGCCGCGGUUUCGGCUUCGUCAACUACACCACCCACGAGAGCGCCUCCAGGGCCGUCGACGAGCUCAACGGCAAUGAUUUCCGUGGCCAGGACCUCUAUGUUGGCCGCGCCCAGAAGAAGCACGAGCGCGAGGAGGAGCUUCGCAGGUCAUAUGAGGCUGCGCGCCUUGAGAAGGCUAACAAAUAUCAAGGCGUCAACCUGUACAUCAAGAACCUGGCUGAUGACAUCGACGACGACAAGCUCCGCCAGAUGUUCUCCGAGUUUGGUCCCAUCACCUCCGCCAAGGUGAUGCGCGAUGCCGCGACCGACUCUGACGAGGACAAAGAGGGCAAGGACAAAGAAAACAAGAAGGAGGGCGAGGCUGAGACAGAGCAGGAGGCUGAGGCCGAGGGUGCUGAGAAGAAGGCCGAGAAGAAGGGCGACCGUCGCCUUGGCAAGAGCAAGGGCUUCGGCUUCGUCUGCUUCAGCAACCCCGACGACGCGACCAAGGCCGUUGCUGAUAUGAACCAGCGUAUGAUUGAGGGCAAGCCGCUCUACGUCGCCCUUGCUCAACGCAAGGACGUUCGCAAGAACCAGCUUGAGGCUAGCAUCCAAGCCCGCAACCAACUGCGCAUGCAGCAGGCCGCUGCCCAGGCUGGGCUGCCUCAGCAAUACAUGCAGGCUCCCGUCUACUAUGCUCCCGGCCAACAGCCGAACUUUCUGCCUCCUGGCGGCCGCGGCAUGCCGUUCCCCCAGGGUGGUCUGGGAAUUCCUGCCGUGCAGGGCGGUCGUCCUGGCCAGUUCCCUCCUUAUGCUCAGCAGGGUGGCCGCGGUGGCAUCCCCCCUCAGCAGCUCCCGAUUUACCCUCUUGGCCAGUUCCCUCCUGGCGCUUAUCCCCAGCCAAACAACCCCCAGUUCCUUGCUGCCAUUCAGCAGGUCCAGCAGCAGGCGGCUGCUCUUGGCGGCGGUCGUGGUGGCCCUGGUGGUCGUGGCUUGCAGGGCAUGCCGGCUCCUCAGGGUAUUCCCGGUGGCCCCGGCCUGGCCGGCUUCCCUCCCAAUGGUCGUCCCCAAAACGGCAACCAGGGCGGUCGUGGCGGCCCUGGACGCGGUGGCAACUUCGCGGCAGGUCGUGGUGGUAACCCCCCUGCUGGGCCCAUUGGUGGAGCUGGUGAGCUUAACGCCAGCUCUCUUCUGCAGUCCCAACUUGCUGCUACCAACAACCCGCAGCAGCAAAAGCAGAUUCUUGGCGAAAACCUCUUCCCCAAGAUCCAGGCCCUCCAGCCCGAGCUGGCCGGCAAAAUCACCGGUAUGCUGUUGGAGAUGGACAACAAUGAGCUCGUGAACCUGCUCGAGGAUGAGUCCGCCUUGGUUGCCAAGGUUAACGAGGCCAUGGCUGUCUACGACGAGUACGUCAAGUCUCAGCAGGGCCCAGGCCCGGCUCCAGCUGUCGCUCAAGGCGAGGCUGAGAAGCCGAAGGAGGAGAAGCCUGAGGAGAAGGCUUAG